UCCGUUUCUGGUCACAUUUAUGACAAAAAGAAUCGGAAUAAACUUAUUGCAUCUUCUAGACAGCUUAAGAUCUAACCUUGAUGUAAAUAAGUCGUACAGAUUAAGUUAUAUGCGAGCCACACCUUUUUUUGCUGGUUUAGCCACGAGCAUUAUCGUUGAAAAGCUGAAGGAAAAAAAAGUGAAAUUUUCACUUAUCACUGUCUAUGGUGGAACAUUCAUUGUUUUCAUAGUUUGUUUUUACGCUCAGCUUUAUGGUUUCAAAUUUUACUCUCAACAUAGACCUUAUUAUCCGUUGGAACAUGCUCUGUUCUCAGUCGUAAAUCAUUGUACGUGGUCGGUAUGGACCAUGUGGUGUUGCAUUUGCUUGUUCACGACUGGAAAUGGUCUCCUUACAUACGUAUUUAACAACAGACUUGUUGUGGUCUUGGGAAGACUCUCGUACUCAGUUUUUUUGGUGAACAUCACUAUCAUUAUGAUGUCUUAUAGUACAAUAAGAUCACCGUUUUACCUUUCAAAGAACUCCGUGAUGGAUGCAUGGAUAUUCGAUACAUUUAAGUGUUAUGUGAUGGCCUUAGCUUUAUACUUGGUAGUUGAAGCGCCGUUCAAUAAAAUUAUUAAAAGAUGGAUUGGAUAAGGGUAAAAAAGAAAAUUUCCUGAAGUUUAACAGCUUAUUAGUGAUUACUGAGUCAUCAAUAAAAAUAGAUUCAAUUAGUUUAUAACAUCUGCAGUGGUUAAGUCUUAUUAAAAAAAAAGAGUAUAACUAAUUACAGUGUUAAUAGGUAAAACACUUAUUUAUGCUAUUUCCGAAUGGUUUUACUUAGUAAAUAAUUUACUUCUGAAUGUGACUUUAAAUAAUUUUUAUUGUAUAUCAAAAAUGUUGAUACAA